UUAAGCUUAGUUGUGAGGGUUGUGUUGCCGGGUUGUGAUGGUUGUGAGGUUUGUAUCGGAUGUGUUGGUUCUGAGGGCUGCUGUGGUUGUGCUGGUUUGUUGUGUUUUGGUUGUUGAAGUUGUGCUGGUUGCGGGAGUUGUGCUGAUUGUGAUAGUUGUGGUGGUUGUGGAAAUUGUGCUGUUUGUGGGAGUUGUGCUGGUUGUGUGGGUUGUACUAGUUGUGAAUUUGUGCUUUGUAGUGGUUAUGUUGGUUGUGGAGUUUGUAAGGUUUGUGAUGGUUAAGGGAGUUGUGUUGGUUCUGUUGGAGGCUAUGAGAAUUGUAGUGGUUGUGAGGGUUGUGUUUGGUUGUGGAGGCUGUGAAUGUUGUUGUGGUUGGGGUGGUUGUGAGAGUUGUGAUGGUGGUUGUGAAGGUUGUGUUGGUUGUCUUUUUUGUGGAGGUCGUGGGAGUUGUGGUUGUUGUGGCGGUUGUGAGGGUUGUGCUGAGUGUUGUCAUGGUUGCUGA